AUGUUUUUGUUCCUUUUAUCACUUAGCAUUUCUUCUCGUCAAAGUCUCAUCGAGCAGAUUAAAAGAGAACUCGAAUUAACAAAGCGCGAAAUGGCAAAAAUCAAAGAAAGCCCGAUUUUCCAAGUUGAAGAAGAUAUCCCAGAAGUUGCCAUCGAAGACGACAAAACAGUUCAAGAGAGCAACGCAGUCCAUUCAAUCGAUGUAAGAGUUGUCUCUGAUGAACAGGGUAACCUCUAUAAAUUAGUUCCUCUGACAGAAGAAGAAAUUUUAUACGUUAGGAAGGCUCAGCAAGAUCAAGCCAACCAGCAGUCACAAGUUAACCAACAAUCUCAAGUCAACGCAAGGCCAUUUCUUAACCAGCAAUCUCAAGUCAACCAAGAAGUUGUAGGUAACCAGCAAUCUCAGGUUAACCAACAAUCUCAAGUCAACGGAAUAUUUGGCAAGAAAAUCACGGACCGAAGAUAUCGUCCCCAGCCAAUUGAGCUUCAAAACAGAUUCUUAGCUAACCAAGUUUAA